AUGGAUGGACUGAUCUACUUCCGGCAAGUGUCUCAGCUGGCGGGCUUUCACGCCGGUCUCAUUGCUUUGGGAACAAUUGUUCUCCUGGCUGGUGUUUUGUGUCUUUCUUGGCGAUUGGAAGAUAUCGAUAGUCACGCUGCUGUAAGCGCCUUGGGACCCACACAGACUGCACUUGGGCCCGGUAUGGCAGUUGUGGAAGAGCACCCUCCGAUAUCGCCUAGAUUGCUGGACGGCGAGGAUGAAGAGGCACAUAUCGGAGAACGCGAACCCCUUCUCAACACGGAUACGAAUACCCGCCAUCUCUCAUAUCAACGAGGACGAGCCCCGAGUUUACCGCUCAAUCUCCAUCUUGAUCAUCCUGACCCUGUCGACUUGAAUCCGGCCUCUAUUUGGGCGGAACUCGAUGAUUCCGACUAUGACUCCGCCGAUGGACAACGUCGUCCUUCCGCAGACCACCCACGCAACACCAGUGGUAGUGUAGCCUUCCAUGGUCCACGACAAGGGCUUGCGCGACACUCAACGAUCGGCGCCACCACGCACGAUCGAGGGUGGGGAUCUCGCCGAGCCUUGGCGUCAGGGCGCGAGAACCAGCGGCGUCGAAUUUCGGCACCAUUCGGUGGGAUUUCCGCCGCCAAACGCCAACGACGCAGCGCAUGGGGCAUGUCCAAUUCCACGUCUGACGCCCUACCUGGCGGAUACGGAACCAUCCAAGAAGAUGGCGAUGAUACUCACGGGCAUGAUGACACCCGUUCUCCGGCCGCCAGAUCUGGUUUUCUUGCUGGACCGAGGAGGGCCCUGACAGGAGCCUGGGAAUCCGGGAGACAAUAUUUGUCUCGAUGGAGCAGCUCGCAGGCGGGCAACCAGGCCCAUGCUGACCCACAAGAUAUACUGCCCCAAGCUGGAACUCAUCCUCGAGCACAAUAUACCCAAGAAGUCACCGAAUCCGAAUCCGGGCCUGUUCAGCCAUAG